AUGGCUGAAGGACAAGCCGAGCCACAAGAAAAUAUCACAGUAAAUACGCAAUCGGUUUCGCUACAACCAUUGCAAGAGUUUAACCCAGACGCUGAUGUUGGCGAAAGCUUAGGCACGCGCUGGAACAUUUGGAUCCAAGAUUUCGAGAUGUUCAUCCUCGCUAGUGGGAUUACGGAUGAGAAAAGAAAACGCGCAUUGCUAUUAUAUCAAGCUGGCAAACGGGUUCGCGAGAUAUUUAGACAAAUACCUGAUACGGGAGACGCAACUGAUUACGAAGCCGCGAAAACAAAGCUUCACGAAUACUUCCAACCGCAAGAAAAUCGCCGAUACGCAGUUUACCGCUUUAGACAAGCGAAACAAGAACCGAACGAAACCCUUGAUCAAUUCCAUACACGAUUACGGACGUUAGCACAGACUUGCUCUUUCCACAACGCAGAUUUUGAAAUCGAACAACAAAUUAUUACGGCUGGGUCAUCUUCACGGAUUCGGAAAAAGGCAUUAAGAGACCCAACAUACGAUCUGAAGUCUAUACUCAUCGAUGGUCGCCGUGCCGAGAUGAGUACAUUUCAAGCGCGAGACAUCGAAUCAAAAGACACAAAUACAGAUCGUGUUAACAAAGUAUCAUCGAAAACAACAUCGAAAACGUGUCACAAUUGCGGUGGUACGUAUCCUCAUGAAGGACAAUGCCCAGCUAAAGGUAAAGAAUGUCGGAAAUGUCAAAAGCUCAACCAUUUUGCUCGAGUGUGUCGAGGAAAGAUGCAACGUCAGACAAAAGCUUUUCAACAUGAAAUGAAACCGAAACAGAAAUACAAACGACCACUAAAUCCACUAAAUGAAGUUCAGAGCGAGACGGACAGUUCUGACAACGAAUAUUUAUACACAGUUUCUAAUGACAAGACCCACAAAGUCAAUGUUAAAGUAUGCGGACGAUCGUUAAAAGCUACCGUAGACACAGGCGCAAUGAUCAAUGUCAUCGACCGAGGUACAUAUGAGAAAAUACCAGGAAUAGAAUUAAAGAAAACGAACAUAAAAGCGUUUGCGUAUACUGCUAGCAAGCCAGUAAAGUUCAUUGGCAAGUUUGAGGAAGCUAUUGAGACUCGCCGUCGAGUUGCAGUGGCAACUUUUUACGUCGCAGAAACGACAGACAGCGGAAAUCUAAUAUCAGCAACAACGGCAGAGGAACUUGGCCUGGUAAGUUUUCAUCUUAACAAAGUAACUGAAACAAAAGAUCGUGAACUCCAAAAUAUUCUAAACAAACAUUCAAAAGUUUUCCACGGGUUGGGUAAACUCAAGCAAGAUAAAAUCAAAUUAAACGUUGAUAAAACAACAACACCCCGAGCACAGCCACAACGCCGAAUUCCCUAUCACAUACGUCAGAAGGUUCAGAACGCGAUAGAACAACUAGAGAAAGACGAUAUUAUUGAACGGGUACCAGAAAACCAACCUACACCUUGGGUAUCGCCAAUUGUAGCAGUACCGAAAAAGAACGGGGACGUUCGUAUAUGCGUCGAUAUGCGCGCUGCCAACAAAGCUAUAAAACGGGUACGACACCCUAUUCCAACAGUUGAGGACAUCAGCUUUGAGUUAAAUGGAGCAACGUGUUUUUCCAAAUUAGACCUUACACAGGCCUAUCAUCAGCUAGAACUACACGAGGACAGUCGUUACAUUACUACAUUCAGUACACACAUCGGUCUUUUCAGAUACAAAAGGCUGAACUAUGGCACCAAUGCAGCUGUUGAGAUUUUCCAGUACACUUUACAAACCCAAUUGCAAGGAUUAGUCGGAGUAAAGAAUAUAGCUGAUGACAUUUUAGUAUAUGGCAAAACACAGAAAGAACAUAACACAAACUUGAAUAAAUGUCUAAAACGAAUCUCCGACAAAGGACUACGCUUGAAUCAAGCUAAGUGUAGCUUCUUGAAUGACAAGUGGAAUUUUUCGGACAAGUAUUUUCCAAAGACGGCAGCAAACCUGACCCCAAACGUGUAG